CUCGUUGUCCUGUCUUCCACCUGAGUCUGUGAGAUGAAGACCCAGCAACCUCUUCAUGUGGUCACGCCAGUGAGGCAGAGCCUUGCCCUGAGCAAAGUGGCUGGGACCUCUGUUUACCUCAAGCUGGAUUCAUCUCAGCCCACAGGGUCCUUUAAGAUCAGGGGCAUUGGGCACCUCUGCAGAACUUGGGCAGAGCGAGGAUGUGAGCGGUUUGUCUGCUGCUCUGGAGGAAAUGCUGGUAUGGCGGCAGCUUAUUCUGCCCGUCAGCUCGGGGUACCUGCCACCAUAGUAGUUCCAAGUGUCACACCAAAUCCCACAGUGGAGAGGCUGAAGGACGAGGGUGCCACUGUGGUCAUUCAUGGCAAGGCUCUAAAUGAAAGCAUUGAAUACGGACACCAGCUUGUGGCAAAUAACCCUGGCUGGAUAUUCAUCUCUCCGUUUGAUGACCCCCUCAUCUGGGAAGGGCAUACGUCUCUGGUGAAGGAGCUGGAGCAAGACAUGAGGGAGAAGCCAGGAGCCAUAGUGCUGUCAGUGGGAGGCGGAGGCCUGCUGAAUGGAGUGGUGGAGGGACUGCGUCGUGCCGACUGGGCUGAUGUACCUAUUAUAGCCAUGGAAACCAUGGGAGCACAUAGCCUCAAUGCAGCCAUGAAGGCUGGAGAGCUGGUCACUUUACCUGCAAUUACCAGUGUUGCAACCACGCUGGGCCUGACACGGGUCUCCGCACAGACGAUGAAACUAGUGGACGAGCACACAGUUUUCUCAGAAGUGGUCACAGACCAGGAGGCUGUAAAAGCUGUCGAACACUUUGUAGAUGAUGAGAAGGUCCUGGUGGAGCCUGCCUGUGGUGCUGCCCUGGCAGCUGUGUACAGUGGCAUUAUCAAAAGGCUGCAGGAUGAGGGCAAGCUGGCCCAGCGCCUGGGCCCUGUGGUCAUCGUGGUGUGCGGUGGCAACAACAUCAGCAUGGGGCAACUGCGGAGGCUGAAAAAACAGCUUGGUAUCAUCUAG